CCUGCUGCGUGAGUUAUUGACGUGUUUGGAGCUAGAGGCUGCUUGGGCGCGAGCGCGGCGUCCGCCCGAGUAAGAAGACUUAGGAUGCCUCUGGUGAUCAAGCGACUCAGAGAUCCUGACACAAAUCCUUGCUUGUCAGAGUCUGAUGCUUCCACCAGAUGUAUGGAUGAAAACAACUACAACAGGGAACAGUGCUCCAGCUACUUCUUGAAGUACAAAAACUGCCGGCGAUUCUGGAAUUCUAUCAUGGUCGAAAGAAGACAGAAUGGAGUAAAGCCCGUUAUGCCUACAGCCACAGAGAGAGCUGAAAUCUUGGGAGCGAUGGGAACGAUGCCCUACUGAAUGUUUGCAUUAAAAUUGAUUGUAUAAGUAGAAGCAGGUGAAUAUUUUUUAUUAGUGAUUCAUCUUUUUAAGGCUGGACUGGCCUCACCCAAAUGGAUUAUAAGUAGACAAUUCAGUUUGCUGUUUGUCCAUGGGAUCUCCCUGCUGUCAAGCUCUUGUGUCAUUGCUGUGCUAACCCUAGAGGCCAGGGAGUAUUAAAGGAUGGCAGGCCCCCAAAAUGGAA